AUGGCUCCCCGACUCCUCCUCACAGGUGUGGCCCUCUUGGCGCUCUGCGCUUCGGGCACCCAAGCCUUCUUCUGGUCUUUUGAUGGAACCUCUACCAAGACCAACCUGCAAGGCGGUGUCAAUGGCGGCACCGGCUGCGCCGUCUGCACCCUCGGCGUUGGUAUCGUUGAGCAACUGACUGAGAUCCACAACGAAUCAGCCAUCGAGGCCGUUGAGCGUCUCUGCCAGAUGCUGCCUUCCAACGAGACGGCCAAGUGCCAGGAGCUCGUCAAGGUCUUGGGCCCCACCGUCAUUGACCUGAUUGAGCAGAAGUACACCGCCGAUGUCGUCUGCAAAGCCAUUGGCGUCUGCACGGGCGACUGCCGCCUAUUCCCCGCCCCCGCUGAGGGCAUGGCCCAGUCCGUGGCUCGUGCUCGUGCGUCGCUUCCCUUUGGUCGCUUGGCCGCAGUUCAAGAUUUGCCCGCCAUCUGCGAUCUUCCCCUUUUGAAGGACGUAUGCGACAUCAUCUACAACUGGGCCAACAACCACGAGCCUCUGGAUGACUUGGAUCAGGAUGGCUUCUCCCCCCUGCACACCCUCCGUGGCGCUGAUUGGCGUGGCAAGGAUUGCGACGAUACCAACAAGGAUGUCCGCCCCGGCCGCCGCCCCAUUGACUCGGAUGCCAACCUGGACAGCAAUUGCAACGGCAUCUUUGGCAUCGACCCCACCACCAACAAGGCUUACGAAGACCUCUUCUGCGCUGAUACGCCCCACUACGGCAUUGCCGUUCUUGGUGACUCGGCCUCGGCUCACUUUCACCUUCAGCCUCAGUAUCUGAACACGACUGCCUACUCCAACACCACGUUUGAUCGCCUGCUGUUCUCGAUCGAGAACGAGUUUGACUGGCCCAUGAUGUCGGCCUCCACUGCCUUUGCGGGCCCCAACGAUUUUGCCCCCGACAUCAGUGGCCCGGAUAACUCCACUUACAUGGUCGCUCGCAACCGCAACCGUUGCAUUCAUCGUGACUUUCAGAACAUUGCCGUCAACGGUGCUCGCGCAGGCUCCAUGAACUCGACGAUUGUCAAGACCUUGGCUCGUAACCAGCAGGAGGAUUAUCCCCUCUUUGUGGUCUAUGCGCUCAUCGGCAACGAUGUUUGCAACGGCCACGAGGAUACGCUCUCCCACAUGACGACGCCGGCCGACAUGUAUGCCCAAGCCAUGGGUGCCCUGGAGCAGCUCGAGCACACCCUGCCCAACGGCAGCCACGUCUUCUUCAUGGGCUUGGCUGAUGGCAGCAUUCUCUACGAUACCAUGGCCAACCGCACCCACCCCAUCGGAGCCCUGCACAAUGACGUCAAGACGAAGGACGUUUACGCUUUCCUCAACUGCCUGCAGAUCUCGCCUUGCCGUGGCUGGAUGAACAGCAACGAGACGCUGCGCGCGCUGACGACUGAUCAUGCCAACCUCCUAAGCUCAGUGCUGGAGAACAUCACGAAAACCCAAACCUUCUCCAACUUUGAUCUGCACUACUUCCCCAACCCUCUGACCGAAGCAAUCAAGGAGUUUGUGGCCGCGGGCGGCCAAGCCUGGCAACUGAUUGAGCCCGUGGAUGGUUUCCACCCCUCGCAGCUGGCACAGCCCUUGAUCACGGAUCAGCUGUGGAAGUUUCUUUCGGCCAACUUCUCUGACAUCAUGCAGCCCAUCAAUCCCCACAAUGCGGACAUUGAUAAGGUCUUCGGAGACCAAGGAGGCCAUUAG